AUGAGCCCUUCUAAUAUUUCUGAUCAGACUCCUGCUGAAAAUGAUUUGGAAAAACAAAGUUCUAUCCCAGUUUACGAUCCUACGGCUAUUCCAAAUAUAAAUCAUUUAAGCAAUGUUAUGAUACCAGGUUUUAAAAAUGAUACCUUUCGUAACCAUUUUAUUGCCGCUAUGGGUGAGUUUGUAGGUACAUUCUUAUUUUUGUGGUCUGCGUUUGUUAUUGCUCAAAUUGCCAACCAUGAUUCUAUUUUGGAAGAUGAUACUACAAGAGAAUCUGAUCCGGGCCAAUUAAUUAUGAUAUCUCUAGGUUUUGGAUUUUCCGUCAUGGUUGGUAUAUUCAUCACUUUUAGAAUUUCUGGUGGUAAUUUAAACCCAGCUGUUACCUUAACUUUAAUGUUAGCCAGGGCUAUUCCACCUGUUAGGGGUGUUAUCAUGUGGAUCUCACAAAUAGUAGCUGGUAUGGCCGCCGCUGGUGCUGCCAGUGCAAUGACUCCCGGUAAAGUUAUGUUUGCUAACCAUAUUGGUGGUGGUUGUUCUAAAGGUAGAGCUUUAUGUUUAGAAAUGUUUGGUGUCGCUAUUUUAUGUUUAACUGUUUUAUUUAUGGCCGUUGAAAAACAUCGUGCUACCUUCAUGGCUCCAUUUGCUAUCGGUAUUUCCCUUUUCAUUGGUCAUUUGAUUACCAUUUGGUAUACUGGUGCUGGAUUGAAUCCUGCUAGGUCUUUUGGUCCGGCCAUUGCUGCCAGAUCUUUCCCGGUAUAUCAUUAG